AACACUGAUCCCUUUUUGCAGGCCAUAGUAUGGGAUGAGGAACUGAUGGGUCCCUUUGGACUAGUCUGUGAAGCAUCUGUGCUAAAGGAACAUGAAGUUCGGAAAAUGAUUGUACUAUCCCCAGGGAGACUUCUCCCUGAUAACGUGAAGAGCAUCAUAUUCAUCACACGGCCUUCUGUCAAAGUUAUGGAUGUCAUUGCUGAGUCCAUCCGCUUGGAGGAGAGAAACAGGAGCCCAGCCAAGGAAUUUCAUUUAUUGCUAGUCCCCAGGAAGAGCUUUCUUUGCACAAGCAGACUUAUUGAGCAUGGUGCUCAUGAUGUAUUCCAUAGUAUUGAAGAACUCAGCAUUGAUCUCUACCUCCUGGAUUCAUUCAUUGUCUCUAUGGAAUGGAAACAUGCUUUCAAGGAAUGCCAUUUGGAGAAUGAUACAACCUGUUUAUUCCAUGCUGCACGAGCCCUGAUGACUCUCCAGUCUCUGUAUGGGACAUUCCCCCGUGUGAUAGGCAAGGGACAAUGCAGCAAGCAGGUGUGGGACCUCAUGAGUCACAUGCAGCGCGACCACCGAGAUCACUCCUCAUCCUCCUCUCUGUCAGCCUUGACUCCUCGCAUCCACACCCUCAUCCUAAUUGAUCGAGCAGUGGAUCUCUUGACUCCCCUUGCCACCCAACUCACAUAUGAGGGAUUCAUUGAUGAGAUCCUUCAUAUUGAACGUAAUGUUGUGAAGAUUCCUGCUGAGAAGAUACAACGUGCUGAUGGGAAGGGACCUCAGGAAGUGACUGAAGGCUACAAACAUUAUGUCCUCACCUCACAAGAGGAAUUAUAUGCAGAAAUCAGAGACAAGCACUUCAAUGCCUUGGGACCAAUCAUGGUGCAGAAAACAAAAUUCUUGAAGGAAUUCAAUGAGGAAAAUAAAAGCAAUUUUUCUAUUGCAGAGCUGAUAAAGGAAGUGGCACAUUCAGAUGAGUUUAGAGACUCACUGAAGACAGAGCAGGAGUUCCUCAAUGGCAUGAACACAGAUCAAGUACAUCCAUACAUUGUCAAGUGUCUUGUCAAGAAGGAACCUAUGUUCAAGGUGGGGUCAUAUUUUGAAUCAAGGUUGAAUGGAGGCUUGAAACAGAAGGUUCUAGAAUACUACCAGCGAUCUCUGAUCCAUACAUAUGGAUUCCACCACAUCCAUACUCUCUAUCACUUGGAGAAUGCUGGCCUCCUCAAGCUCCAGGGGAGGCCAACAUACACGUUUCUGCGUCGUACACUUCGCCUCUCGGAUGAGGACGUGAGUGAACGGAAUCCGACCGACAUUGCCUACGUUCACAGUGGAUAUGCACCACUUUCGGUGCGAGUCAUUCAGCGUCUGAGCAAAGGAGAUUGGGCUUCCAUUGAAGAUGCAUUACUUGCUCUACCAGGUCCUCUCAUAGAUGAGCGACAGCAGAUCCCUCUCUCUGUUCGCAAGAAGAGUGUGAUGCAUGGAGGUGGAGGCAAUGGAGAAAUGGUGACAUUGGUCUUCUUCCUUGGUGGUUGCACCUUUGCUGAAAUUGCUGCCCUUCGCUUCCUCUCCCAACAAGCAGACAUGGGGACAGAAUUCCUGAUUGGGACGACAGGAAUCAUUAAUGGUACCACAUUCUUAGAAUCCAUUCAGGAGGUCCUCCUCCCUUCUUAGCCUCGGCCUCUUCCACAUGGAGGUCUGUGCAUACGCCAAAGAGACUUCAUUCUGAAGUGCCAUGUCCACUCCAGGCUUCAGAUAUCCUCAAUCACUCUCAGUAUUACAGGACUUUUUUGUCCUUUUGGGAUUCCAGCUUGGUGAUGAUUCUCAUUGAUGAUUCAUACUCUUUUUAGGAAAUGUUACUUCUUAGUUACUUGAAAAAUGGGAGGCCCCUACCUCCUCUGACCUUUGAAAAAAAGUUAUUUGAUGUUCUAUCUCCCACUCAUCAUUCUUUCUUCCAUUUUAUGUCUGUCACUCCUCCUUCCAUUGAGUAAAUAAUUAUAUUUCAAGCUAACCUUAACAGAAAAUAAAAUGCUCAAAAUUAAAGGAAAGAAAUAUCUAAUCGAUCACACAACAGGUUACUAAUUUGUGAUUUUCUGGGUCUUCUACCACAUCACAAAGAAUGAGUCAUGUACUAGAGUGAUUGAUGAAGAUUUUGUGAUCUUUUGAAUUUCCUGUGAUUCAAGUCAUACCCCAGCCAUCGAUCUGAUCCCUUGUUGUGGAACAAGAUGGAACUAAAAUGUUAGGGGGAAAACGCUAUUAUUGUAAGUUGAAAUUGCCCUCAACCCACAGCCAGAAUGGCAGUGCAGGCUCACCCCUCAAUAUGAUAUUUUGAUAUGCGAAGUUUCAUCUAAAAAAUCCCAGUUAUAUUCCUGUUUGAACUACUCACACAUAAUGAGCACUUUGCUUCAUAAGCUUGUACCAGCACAUAACUGGAACAGAAUUAGGGGUUGAGUUGCUUGUUAAUAACUAGGUCCACUAUGGAUUCUUUUUAGACCAUUCUGAUAUUAUUAAAUGCAUCCUUUUAUUUUAAAAAUAUUACUGGAAUAAGGUGACAUGCUGCAUUUAGUAGAGAGAAGAAAAAAAAGAGAAAAACCUGUCUCCCUGAUCAUUUUGAAUGUUUUGAGAGUGAAGCUGUACUGUACAUGUCAGUGAACAGAAGGUGGAAAGGUUUGACCCAAGCUCCUCAUAUUGCUCACUGCCAGCCAAAGUGAAAAGGAAUUUCCGUGAUCACCCUGUGGGUGAUCAUGGAAAUUUCUUUCCUUUUGCCCCACACUCUAGUUUUCAGUGGCAGUGAUACAUAUAGCAAGCUGGCUGAAUUUGUUGUAAAAGAGAAAAGCCAUCACUGAUAUGAUCCACCCAGACCAUUCUUAUUGCAGACGUCUUUGUAUCUCAGAAAACAGCAAGUUGCAAAACUUGCAUAUUUGGCCUUGUACCAGUUGCCUGU